UACACCUGGACGGGCGACGACGGGGUGCGUCACGGGGGCGCGCGCCGCCGCCCUCCGACCCCUCCCCGCGGGCGCCCGGGCCAGCACCUCAUCGGCCAGCAGGAAGAGCCCCUCCUCAAAAGCGAAGCGGAUCACGUCCUCGAUGCACUCGCGGGUCUGCACCUGCCCUGUGGCGCGGAGGCUUUCUCUACUUGCGGGGCUACUUUUCGCUUGCGGUGCGCAGGCUUCUCACUGCAGUGGCUUCUCUUGUUGCGGAGCACGGGCUCAAGGGCACAUGGGCUCAACAGUUGUGGCUCGCAGGCUCUAGAGCACAGGCUCAGUAGUUGUGGUGCACGGCUCCAUGGCAUGUGGGAUCUUACCCGUGUCCCCUGCUUUGGCAGGCGGAUUCUUAAUCACUGAGCCACUAGGGAAGUCCCCCUCUUUCAUUUCUCAGGUUUCCUCUAGGAAGCGCUCCCAAACCACCACCAAAGUCCUACUAGCUGCUUGGCCUUGAACUCUGGGCAGGACCCACCCCUCCUUGGCAGCUCACCUUGGACCAAUCACUCCCUCAUCUGUUAAAAGGGAGCCUAGAUCUAAAUGGGAUAAAGUAACUGUGGGUCAUAAGCCCCUUCCCAGUGCUUUUCCUUCCAGCACUAGUGGGGAGCCAAAGGCAGCCCAGGGGUGAAGAAUGAGGCCUGGGUAGCCGCCUGCAGCCCCCACUGGAAUCUUCACUGCCCCUCCCUUCGAGAUUAACCGAAACCUGCUAAUUGAGGCUGCCCUCUGCACGCUCCCCUCCCCCACCGCGUAUUUCUACCUCCCUUUGCCUCCCCUCCCCUCCCCCUUCCAUCCGAAUGAUAAAGGGCUUGGCCCGCCAGCCCCCGCCUGGCCUCAGGCCCCAGCUCUGCCUCACCACACUACCACACUGCCCCAGUGCCCUGCACCCACCGCCCGGCCAGGGCCCUGCCCACGUUGCUUGCUUCCUCUGCAUGGGGCCCUGCAGCAACCCCCGUCUGGGGCUCCCUGGGGGGGAGUCGGCCUCUCACCGCCCCACGAGGAGGAAGAAGAGAUACCUGCGGCAUGACAAGCCCCCCUACACCUACUUGGCCAUGAUCGCCCUGGUGAUCCAGGCCGCGCCCUCCCGCAGGCUGAAGCUGGCCCAGAUCAUCCGUCAGGUCCAGGCGGUGUUCCCCUUCUUCAGGGACGAUUACGAGGGCUGGAAAGACUCCAUCCGCCACAACCUCUCCUCCAACCGGUGCUUCCGCAAGGUGCCCAAGGAUCCUGCGAAGCCCCAGGCCAAAGGCAACUUCUGGGCGGUCGACGUGAGCCUGAUCCCCGCCGAGGCGCUACGGCUGCAGAACACGGCCCUGUGCCGGCGCUGGCAGAGCAGGGGCUCGAGGGGAGCCUUCGCCAAGGACCUGGGCCCCUACGUGCUGCACGGCCGGCCCUACCGGCCGCCCAGUCCCCAGCCGCCGCCCUGCGAGGGGUUCAGCAUAAAGUCCCUGCUAGGGGACUCCAGGGAGGGGACGCCGCGGAGCAGCCCAAGUCGGUCAGGCUCAGUGCGCUUAGGGGCGGAAGAGGUACCCACUCCACUCCCGCCCUCUGAGAGGCCUCUGUGGCCCAUCUGCCCCCUCCCAGGGCCCAUGAGAGCAGAGAGGGAGACUUCCCAGGGUGGGAAAAGUAGACCCUCCCCCCUCUCUCCUGAGCCCAGAGCCUGGCCCCUGCACUUAUUGCAGAGCACCCCAGACCCUGGGGGACUCUCUGGUGGAGAUCACGGGCCCUCACUUUGGGGGCAGCUGCCCACUUCCUACUUGCCCAUUUACACCCCCAACGUGGUGAUGCCAUUGGCCCCACUGCCACCCGCCUCCUGCCCCCAGUGCCCCCCCUCAACCAGCACAGGCUAUUGGGGGGUGGCCCCUGAAACCCACGGCCCCCCAAGGCUGCUCUGGGAUCUAGACGCCCUCUUCCAGGGGGUGCCACCCAACAAAAGCAUCUAUGACGUGUGGGUUAGCCACCCCCGAGACCUGACCGCCCCUACCCCAGGCUGGCUACUCUCCUGGUACAGCCUGUGAGGCCCCCAGGAUGGGGACUGCUUUCCUCGCGCACCCUCUCCUGCCACCUUUAUGCCUGUUGAGGAGAAAGCAAGGUGUGUGUGGCGCCAGCAGCGCUGAGACAUGAGGCACCAGCCGUGCUGAGAG